UCAUUUGAAUACAACAACAGCAACGAGAACAUUGACUCAACGGUUUUAGAAGACAACGUGUGCGAUUGAAAGGGACAGUAUUGUCGACACUUUCAUCACUUCAGGAAAAGGCAAGAACAUACCAGGAACGAUGAAGCAUUGGCAGAGACUUCUAAACGCGCACCACAGACAGAAAUCGGAACAACAGGAGGCAGCCAAAGCUGAAAUCACCAAAGGGUAUUCUCUGCCAGAAGAAAGUGACCCAACGGCCGAUCCUGACACACAGAGAAGUCUGUCGCUAGAUGCAAAGUUUCAUUCACUGUCUGUGUCUGAAGAAGAGUUUGAUGAUGCGAGAAUACGGAGGAGAGAGAAAAGAGCAGGAGACCGUGGAAGAUUCCAUCGCAUUGAUGAGGAAGACGAAUUCGGGGGACUGAAGCGGCAAGCUCGUCAGGAGUCCAUGGGGGGUCUCGCCGAUGACGACUUCUCCCCUACCUCGUCUCCCUUCGGGUCCAACGAUUCCGUGGAAGGUGUCAGAUUCGAGGAAGUGACGAGACCAGUGAGGCGAAGGCCGUCAUCUGGAACAGGCGGAGGUUCUCUGCGUCGUUGGAGCUCAGAAAAAGCAAGGAGAAGGUCCAGUGCUGUUUCCGAAGUUCCAGAAGAGAACUCCGCUAAUGGAAGACGGAUAACACGCCGUCGAUCAUUAGCGGCGAGAGCGACCAUAGACCUCGGGUGUAAGGAAGACGUGAGCGAGGUUAUGUUCUCCAUGGGAUACCACCCAAAUGCCGGUCAACUCACGGUCACCAUCAUCAAGGCACGAAAUCUCGCGAGAGUUGGGUCGGACAAUCCUCCAGAUACAUACAUCAGAGUGGCCCUGAUGUGCGAGAGCAGAAAGAUCGGCAGGAAAAAGACGUCUGUCCAGAACGGCGAACCUAACCCGACCUACAACGAGUCCUUCCAUUUCGACGUGGCAGAAGACGACAUGAAGGGAGUUUUCUUGUCACUGGUUGUGGAGGAUUCCGGGGGCCCUACACUAGGUAAAUGUGAGGUCGGCCCGUGGACGGACCAAUGGAACGAGAUGAUGGAGAAGCCCCGGAAACCCGUCACCAGAUGGUGCCAGCUGAAGGAAGUGACGUCAGACAGGCGGAGGAGCAGUGAAGACCAGGAUCAGUGACUCAUCUACUCACGUGUACAGCUUUUACAUUGUGGUUAGAGACACUUUUCACGGACCCAUUGUAUGCUGGGAGACCCAGGGUAG